AUUCGUUGAAAUAUCUUGCAAUGUUGUUCUUAGUGCUCAAUUUGGCUUUGAUCUUGUUGAUCAAUUGUAACUUGCACAGAAGGAAAAGAGAGAGAGAAGGGUGAUGAAAAGAGGUGGAGGAUGAAGAUAGGGAAUCCAAGUUCUAGAAUCUUAAACUUGGCUACACCUAACCUUGUUUUGGAACAAAAACCGCCAGUUUUUCAGAGAAACAGGGGCUGUGCAGCCGUGAGGAUCGAGGGAGGCAAUGGUGUUGUAUUUUCAGACAACAAAUGGGUUAAGACCCACAAGGCAAACAAUUGGGUUUCGGACUUUCGGUUUAAGUUUUAGGUUUGCUGGCUUUUUCUUUGGGUUUUGUUUGGUUUGAGAUGGGUUUGUAAAUUUGCUGGAUUGGGUUUCAGCCUUCAUGGUUUUGAGUUUUUGCCCAAUUGGUUCAUCUCUUGUCCAUGUUCAUCAAUUGAGUCCCUUUUUGGUGUCUUCUCUAUUCUUUUCUUCCCCUUGCAUUUCAUUUUCUCACAUAUAAGCCCUGAGACUAGAUAAAAUAAAAUAAAUUAGAGAUUUUCAU